GGUACGUGUAUACGCCGAUCGAUAUGCACGAUAAAGUGUGAAUAUGAAUUUUUAUGACAAAUGCAGGCAGACAGACGUGCUGGUAUGCCGCAUGCUUUUUAAAUACACAGCAUCGGUGGUGUUGCACACUGUACAGUAGUGAGACGGAUUUUUUCCUGCAGUGAGCUCAUAUCGAUUUUUGUUAUGACGGGAUCAGUGCCUGUUUCCCACUGUUGAAGUUGUCUGUUAACAAAUUCUGUUCUCUUGUGGAUCUUUAUUCUUUAGUUGACAGACGGAUUAUUUUUGGUAGAUUUUUGUUUUCCCGGAUUACAUAAACAUUUUUCUUACGGAAGUGCGAUUUUCCGACAGAAUUCACAAUGCCCUUAAUGAGGAGUUGUGGCAUGUUUGCCCUGAAAACGGGCUGUUAUCUCGUAGCAGCCUACACAUUCAUGGUGGCUAUCCUGCUCUUUGCCUUCAACAUUUACGAUUACAUUAACGCCGCGGAUUAUCUGGCCUGGUCGCGUAUUGUCAGUUUUGUCGCCGCCAGCGGAUUAUUAAUAGCUGCGUUAUGCCUGGUUGUGGGACUUCGACUGAAUUCGCCAGCACUUCAUUUAGUGUGGCUGAUAUUGUUUGGAUUCUACAUGGUGUUCCAAAUAACGGCUUUCGCAUACACGUUGUUCUUUUACGCUGACGACUCGGAACAGCCGGUAAGGCAGGAUGAUGUGGAAAUGGUGCCACCAUCGGUAAAAACAUCAACCUUGGCGUAUAUCAUCGUGUUCGGCAUAUUGACACUAGUCAAUAUCCUUUGCCUGAUAGCCGUACAAAGCCACCGGGAUUUAUUAUUCACUGGCAUCUAAAUCAGCCGAAUAUCCAGAUAUCCUACGCGAUAUUCCUUCCUUAUGAGGAUAAUGCAUUUUCUGCACAAAGUUGUCCUGAUUUUUUAUUGUUUAAAUCUGUUGGCUGGAUCCGAUACUCCAGAGCUUGCGUUUUGUAUGCACUUUCCUAUAAUUCCUGUGUAAAUUAUUAAUUCUUUACCUUUGAUGCGCUGUUUAUACCGUGUACAAAAUGGCGGCGUUGUUAAUUCGAUGCGUUGUUACUAUGCGAUGAUGGUGUAAAGCUUUUUACGAUGUGUUUGUUGUCAGUUGUUGUAAAAACUGCAUGAAGUAAAGUAUUAUC